AUGGUUAUCGACCGAUGCUCAAAAGAUGUGUUUGAUGUGGCGUUAGAUCUUAAUCGACUGGGACUUGCAAGCAUUGAUUGUAUAUCGUUGCUGUGCGUUGAUUACGGUCAGGCGAUCUCUUUUGUAUCAAGCGAUGGAAGUAUAGUUAAGUCUGGGCAUGUGUGGCUUUAUGAAGAGCAUAAUGUAUUUUUAAAGCUAAAGCUAUGUCUUGUUCAAAUGUGCCUUAAAUCCGAUGCAGAAGAAGCUAUACGUUAUGUAUUGUCAAUUGAUGUGGGUUCUGAUAGAGACAACCUGCUUGGGAUGUUUUCAAUUAUACACAGGCUGGUUACCAAGCAUGGGAUUUGCAACAGAGACAUUAUUUGUCGAUGCAGAUGCUAUUUUUCACUAAACUACCUGAAAUCCAUAAUAAUAAAGAUACUUACAGAAUGCUCCAAAAGUAGACUGGAAUAUAUUAUUGAGGAGUUUGGUAAAGAAAAGACAUUAGAUAUGUGCAUUAUUGAUCCAGCAAGUCUUAGCACAAACAGUGAUGAGUCGUGGGCAAUGGUGAAAAGACUGUUUUCGUGCAUAGAUGAUGAGUCGUUUAAGAAAGCAAAGAAGAUACUACGAGAGAUGGACACAACAUUUUUUUCAUGUUUUCCAGAAGAGUUUAGUGAGACUGGAUAUAGGCAUUUGAGGGAAUUAUUUGCAGGAGUAGAUGAAGCAAGAGCCAGCAAGAUUCUGGCGAAGAUAUCAUGCUUAUCACCUGUUGUAUUAUUUCUACCUAUGCAAGUAAAUAAUGUGGAAAGAUUCUUUGUGUAUAAGAACUUGGAGGUUAGAAUUGAGUCACUCAGGCAUAUUUGCACUGUUAAGUCAAUGAGAACAUUUUUGGAAGCCAAUCAAUUCAUUGAGAAUAGAAAUGCAAUAAAGCAGGCAUCAAGAUAUUUUGAAAUGUUUGUGAUGCGCGAAUGCAGAGAGACAGAAGACAUGCAAUUGUUGUAUUCUGAUGUAAUAAUGCCAAUGAUUGUAUCUUGCAAUUCAUCAAGACGACUUUUUGGGAUGCACCUCACUGAUAUAUUAGUAAAGAAAAAAUAUGUGAGAUUACAGAAUCAUAGCAACUUACUUUUUGAUCAAGAUUAUGAAAUAAGAAUGAUUGCUAGGAAGCACUACAAAUGCAUGCUGAUUAAUAGCCAAGAAAUGAUAAGAGCGAUAAAGAGCUAUCAAUACCACGAUCUGUAUGGCUGCGUGGAUUAUAUCAAGUGUAUGGAAGAUACGAAUGCCUGUGAUAGAAUAAUGGAUGAGAUGAGGGCGGUAUUUGAUGGAUAUAUGAUCGAUUUUAUAAGUAACAGCAAGCCUAUGCUAGAAUAUCCCAUACAUGGACUGAUCAAUCUGCUUUCGUAUUCAACAAAGCAUGAUAUCAUGAAAAAUAUUGACUUGGUUUAUGAGCGCUGUUUUGAGAAGCUUAGCAAUGCUGUUGAUGAAAAUGAAUCUGAAGAUCUGGUGGCAUAUUGGAGAAAUAUGAAGGAAUGUUGUCACUACUACUGUUCUGUGGCAUUGAGAAGUGACAAGAAGCAUUCCAUGCAGAGAAUAAUAGGCACUUUACUGAACAUCAAUCAUUUGGGUAUACUUUUACUUGCAGCAGAUCAUCUGAAUGCCAUCUUUGAAGCAAUCCAACUUGAAAGAUGCGAAAUUCUGGAGAUUGUUGAAGCAGUGGUUGACAGGAUCAGAGAAUGCAAGGUUGUUUUUAGGAAGAGCGGAGGGAUAGCAUUGGUGAUCGAAUCCAUUGCAAAGCACUAUCCUGAGGUUGCUGAGUGUGUCUUUAGAACGGUAUUUGAACAGAUGGAGUCAAGAGAUGAGAAUAUAAAGGUGCACUGUUUGAAUGUGAUUAGCAGAGCAAUUGGAAGCUCAUACAACAUCCUUCAAUCAGUGUAUGGCGUAAAUGAGCUUUUUAAGCUUGCUUUGAAUUGCAUUUGCUCUGAAACAUGGCGCAUAAGAAGUAUGGGAAUGGAAGCAUUUGCAAGUCUGGUGAAGAAGGUGUUUGGAAAGUCUGGACAUGUUGAUGAUUGUUUCCUAACACAUUCAGGACUCAGAAUGCUAUUAUAUGGAUACAUUUGCCAACAGGAUGCAAAGAACGUGCUACUUGUUGCCAUUUUCCACAUUUAUGCAAGAAUCAAGGUUUUGAAUGCAGAUGAGAUUGACUCAAUCAAAAGGUUCCAUAGUAAGGGUGGACUACUUGGAUUACAAUCAAGAGUCAUUACAGAGGGAAUAGAAUGCAAAAUACCAAAAAUAACGAAGUACAGAAUGAAGUUCCCUGAAUGUUUGCCUUAUGAAGACAUCAUAUCUCGCACGCUGAUUCUACUAGACUCUGAGAAUGAAGAAGAGUACGAAAUGGCUGUUUUAUAUGCAAGAGACUGGUUUAAAUUACCAAUGUGUUCGAGUGAAUAUCUCAAACAUUGUAUUGCAAACGAAGCCAUUUCAACGGGAUAUGUUGAAAGCACUACAGAGAAACUCAGAAAGUAUAGCACCAAUGUUGUAAUAUCAUCCAGCCGCUUCUUCACUGAUUCGGCAUCAAAUGAGAAAUUUGACCUGAAUCAUUCUUUAUCACUAUUAAGGAAACCAAGCCUUGAGUUAUGA